AUGGAUGGUCUACCUUUGGUGUGCUAUUCGACAGGGACAGUAAAUUCCCUUCUGGACAAGCUGGCCAAACUGAGGAAUCAUUCCAAUCCAACAGAAGAGUUCUCCAACCUGACAGAAAACUUCAAGAAAGCUGUGCGGAGCCUUAAGGAGGAUUUCUGCGACAAGCUCGGCGUACCCACGGUGUGUAUGAAGCAAGUCAGGGAGCUGGUCUUCGAAAUUGAAGACUGGAUCAAUCAAAAGGCAAAGACCGACAUGCUGGAUUCGUCGGACACAAAAGAAAUCCAAUAUUUCAUGACCGAGAUCAGCGAAGUGCAUGAGCGCUUCACAUGGUACGGCGAUCUUUUCAAGGAAGUGCUCACCGAGCCCGGUCUUGAUGUUGUUGCACCCAGCAACAUUACCAUCAACCCUCGACUGCCUGUCGAGGAGAAAUCUUUCCCUGGUAUUCUCGAAGGUCCAAGAGACAAGAUCGUCAAACACCUAACAGAAGAUAAGGAGGGGAUGCGAAAGGUGGUGUCGAUUGUCGGAAUGGAAGGCCUUGGUAAGACUACUCUUGCCAAGGAGAUCUAUUCGGAGCUUCAACUUCGUCGUCAGUUCGAGUGCCAAGCUUUCGUCUCUGCUGGCAGGAGACCUGCCAUGAGGGAAAUACUAAAUGAUAUACUCCGUCAAGUAAAGCCUUGGAGUGCUAAAUUAUCUAGCUACGAGAAAGCUAAGGACGUGGAAGAAAUUAUCACUGAGCUCCAAGAAUAUUUCGGCACUAAGAGGUACUUCAUCGUAGUCGAUGGCAUAUGGACUGUCUGGGCUUGGAAAGUUAUCAAUUGUGCUUUGCCAAAUAACCUUGGAAGUAGGGUCUUGAUUACAACUUGCAUCAAGGAUGUAGGGAAAUCUUGUUCAAUAUAUCGUAGCGAUCUUGUCUACGAGAUGGAGGCACUUAGCAAGAAGAACUCUGAAAUCUUAUUUCUGAGAAGUAUAGCUCGUCGAGGAGAAAGAGUGUCAGAUUUUGAAGAAGUUUGUGGUAACAUGUUGUUGGAUAUGUGUGAUGGCAUGCCAUUGGCCAUAAUUGUUGCAGCCAACUUAUUAGCCAGGAAAUCUGAAGAAAGGACAGAGCUGAAGAUGCUUGGGAAAUCUAUUAUAUCAUCAAUGAAGCAAUAUUCCCCCACUAAAGGAAUGACAAAUAUACUGCACAUGAGUUUUGCUGAUCUAUCUCUUCCUUUGAGGUCUUGUUUUCUGUAUCUUGGUCUUAUUCCACAAGAUUAUACCAUAAAAAAAGAUCGUUUAAUACGGUUAUGGGGAGCUGAAGGAUUUAUCCCAAGAACAAAUAGAGAAUGCUUGUGGGCAACAGGGGAGAGGUUCUUCAAUGAGCUUAUCAGUAGAAGACUGAUUCAACCGGUGUUUGACUACACUGAUGACCAAGCAUUUGGAUGUACCAUUCAUGGUGUGAUUCUUGAUUUCAUCAGAUCCAUGUCCAGAGAAGAGAACUUUGCUACAAGGGCUGCAGAAUUAUGUUUUGGUCCAUUUCCAUGUGACACCAUUCGGCGGUUAUCGCUCGACAGUAGUAAUGAAGACGAAGUUGUCACAUUCUCGGCAAGCACUCCGCACUUAUCAAGGAUGCGAUCGCUCAUAUUUUUCGAAGAUAUUAAUGAUGAAGAGGAGAUGCAUGUUCCACUGUCCAUAAGAGCUUCUGUGGAUAUUCUUUGGGGCUUCAAACUUCUGCAGGUGCUAGAUCUAGAAGAUAGAAAGGGGUUAGAAGAUCACCAUCUGGCAGGCAUUGGAGAAUUGGUCCAACUGAGAUACCUAGGACUGGCAGGGACUGGUAUCAGGGGGUUACCAGAGGAGAUCGGAGAACUGGAGCAGCUAGAGACCCUAGAUUUGAGGCGGAACUGGUACUUUGGGACGACUUUGCCAGCAUCAAUAUUUAAAUUGCAAAAGUUGAAGCAUCUGCUGCUUUUCCUGCUUGAUGUGGACGUCGAGAGAAUUCGGGUGAUGCAUGAACUAGAAGAAGCAAGCAGUUUUGCCAGCGGAAGCAAUUCACUUGGUAUGGUGGUACAACUGCUGAGGGAGUCUGAAUGCCUAAGGAUACUAGAUGUAAGGCUGGGUGCAUCACCAGUAACCAAUCUCAUGUAUUUUUUCGAUGAGGUUGUAAAGUCCAAGCUCCAAUCCCUAUCUCUUAAUUGUGAGGAUUUUGAUGAUGAAGAGGUUUCCCUACUGGUGGAUUCAUGGGUGGAAGUCACAGCUCCACCAGAAAAUAAAUUUGAUCCCCCAAGAUUUGAGCUCGUACUACUUGAUCUUCCUCUCGGGCGAGUUCCACCUAAUAUGGGAUCACUCUCCAGCCUUACCCACUUGCACAUUCAACUCGAGCAAGCAAAAGCAGAAGAUUUCCAAGUCCUCGGGGGCUUGAUUAAUCUAGUCCUACUCAACAUGGUUGCAAAAAGUUGUUUCCUAGAAGGAAGCAGGUUCAUCAUCAAGAAGGGCACCUUUCUGCAUCUGAAGGUGUUUUCGUUCAUAAUCCGGGAUAGCUGGAUGGGCCUGGAGUUCAAAGAAGGGGCCAUGCCACAGCUUCAAAGGCUUUGGCGUACUCUUGUAGUGAUAACAGCCCGGGAUCGAUUUGAAUACUUGGAUAUUGGCAUCGAACACCUCACAUGCACAACAGUCCAUGUGAUGAUCAAUUGCACAAAUGCUACUUAUUCGCAGGUGGACGCCGCAGAAGCUGCCAUCAGAGCCAAAAUAUCUGAACCCGUGUUAGUAUUGAGCAGAAUUAAUGAAACAUGUAUGAAGGACGAAGGGCAACUUUCAAUACAUCAAGAUGAGGGCCACUCACUAGACUUGCACAAAGAUGACGACGACAAGAUGUGGAAGGCAUGGGAGAAGAUAGGAAAAAGUAGCUUACAAUCAAUACGGGAAAAACGUGUGUUGCCUAGUGUUUUUCUCUAA